CAGAACAAUGGUCGGACAACAGGCCGCCGCUCCGUAGCCCCGCCCCCACCUGCGUGCACCUGUAGCCGCACCUGUGCGCCACUCGCCCAGUCUCGCCGGGGCUGGUAGCGCCCCCCCCUGACCUCCAGCUCGCCCCUGCGUGUUUCACCUGCCACGAUGCUGGAGCUGCUGUCUCACCUCCACGGCCCGGAGCUGGUGGUCCGGUUCCAGAGACGAUGCGGACUCUUCCUCGUGGAACCCGCGCGUCACGGCCGAGGGACGGCGGCGGCGGCGGCGACGACGACGCGCGCUCCGCCCGAGGAAGCACCGGUCCACGCCGACCGACCACGUGCGCAGCUGCAGGGACGGUGGGACCACCGGGACAACAACUCCAACUACAAGUACGAGGAGGACGGAUGUGGCGUCGGUGGCGGCGGCAGGCCUCAGUACGAGGUGAGGAACUGGCCGCUCCACAUUCUCUUCCUGCUCUCGUCGGGCCUGGGUCAUGAAAUCUUCUACAUCACCUGUUUGCCCAGCAUACAAUGGAACCUGGACCCGUUCCUGUGCCGACGCCUCGUCAACAUGUGGACCUUGGUGAUGUAUGUCGGCCAGUUGAUGAAGGAUGUGCUGAAGCUGCCUCGUCCUCUUUCGCCCCCCGUGGUCAAGCUGGAGACGCGCGUUGACGCAGAGUACGGGCUGCCCUCGACGCACGCCAUGGCUGCCACCGCCAUCUCCUUCACCUUGUUACUCAGUGCCCCAUCGAGGAUACAGUUCCAGUUUGAGGUGGGUCUGCUGAUCGCAGUGACGCUGUCAUCCUUGGUGUGUCUGAGCCGCAUCUAUACUGGCAUGCACUCGGUUCUGGACGUUAUCUGUGGCGCGUUAAUCUCCGCCGUCAUCAUGUUCUUCACCUAUCCCCACUGGGAAACCUUCGACCGCCUUCAGCUCACCAGCCACGUGUCCCCCGCCGUGGCGUUGGCACUGCCCCUCUUCCUCAGCUACACGUACCCCGAGCUGGACCACUACAGCACCACGCGGGGAGACACGACCACCGUCUUGGCAGUGGGGGCCGGCUGCUCCGUGGGAUACUGGGUGAACGAGCGGCUCGGCCACACGUUCGAGCCCCAAGGGGUGUUACCCGUACCUCUACCCGCGCUGACGGCUCGUGCACUGGCAGUGGGCCUGGCGCGCCACCUGUUAGGGGUUGCAGCGUUAGUGUCGACUCGACAGAUAUUGAAAACUCUGAGUCUGAAGUUGUUGUAUUCGUGGUACAGAGUGCCGACAAGCGACGGGAGUGCCAGGAGGAGGAGAGAAAUUGAAGUGCCGUAUAAGUUUGCUACAUACACAGUUGUUGGACUUGUUAAUUCUAUACUGGUCAAUAGAGUUUUCAUUCUACUAGGGCUGCUGUGACCAACUGAUGUAAAAAUAAUAAUGAACUUGCAAUGACAAAUGUACCUCAUAUUUAUUUCAAUGUCUCAGAUUUUUUUUUUCUUUUUUAACGCAAGAGCAAUUUCCGAAACAGAGUUCCUACUGGGAAUGACUGACCUGUAACUGAGCUGAAAGCAAAUAAAAUGUUUUGAUCAUGGAA